AUCAUCAAGUCACUGACGAAACAUGGGCACAGUGGGCCGUAUGGUGAUUAGAGAUAGGGACUAACACGGCAGACUACUUAGUGAUAGAACCCUCCCUAGUAGCUAACAUAGUUGAUCAGUGACCUACUGAGGGGUAUUAUCCUUGUUCACCUACCACUAUCAACACUACCACUUGAAUCACUUGGAAUAUUAACACAUGCCACAGCGUUUUCUACCUGUGCAAAUCGUGUGGAAGAUUAGUGUCGCUCCAUAACUUGACCGGCUUGGUAUCAACUUGUUUUGUACACAACUCAUGCAUGGUGCAGCCGCUUAAGUCUAAACUGAAUGGGACAGAUAUAAACACCAGAAGUUAUAUACAACUGGUUUUGGAAUUAUAAUACAGUCGUCUUCAAAGAAUGUCUUCUUAUCCACAAUUUAGCUAUCCGUUUUCAGCAACUUCACAGCUUCUAAUGCCUUCGGCGGCACCACCUCCUCCUACCUCGUGUUGCGACUCGAGCCGUCCUGAUGCCCAUGGUCAAGGGACGGCAGUGUGCUGUCCGCUGGACAGAGCAGCCCUACUGCACGGACGGGUACCUGGUUUACCGGCACUCUACACAUCUCCAUAUGCUGAACAAGGCCUGAUGCAUCUCGCAGCAGACCCAUCGGCGUUUUACUCACCGUUGAACGCAGCAUUUACUGAUUUGAAGAACAGUUCGGCAGAUGCCUGGUCGGCAAUACACCAACCCACGGCUUGCUACCCAUAUGAUCCCACCACAUACCCAUAUUACGCGGACAGAUACGGGGCAAUGGACAUAAAUGGAGCGCGAAGAAAGAACGCAACAAGAGAAACCACUAGUACACUUAAAGCCUGGCUUUACGAACAUAGGAAAAAUCCAUACCCAACGAAAGGGGAGAAAAUUAUGCUGGCUAUCAUAACUAAAAUGACUCUAACUCAAGUAUCAACAUGGUUUGCAAAUGCCAGGAGGCGUUUGAAGAAAGAAAACAAAAUGACGUGGUCACCAAGAAACAGGUGCGGAGAUGGUCGAAAAGAUGACGAGUUCGAUUCGGGAGAUGAGGCGGAUGAAAACCGGGAACGAGACCACGCAGAUGACACGUCAAGUUUAUUAGGUGAUGAUAAUAAAGAUGAUGAACCAAUUGAUGUUGAGGAAGAGGAUUUCAAAGCAGCAAUCGGUGAGGCAGAUGCGGCAAUGGAACAGGAGGAAAGGAGACGGGAUCGAAGUGAAUUGCACGUGCAUUCGCCGAAACCAUCUGAUGUUGAAUCGUUAAAAUCAGACUGUAUAGAAGAACACGAUACACACGAGGACAUUAACUCGCGCAAAGAAACAAAAAACAUAACUCAACCAGAAAAACCAAAAAUCUGGUCAUUAGCACAUACCGCUACUUCUAGCAGCCCCGAUAGAAAAUCUCCAAGCUAUAUCACCCCACAUUCAAUGCCACAUGGACUUCAUCAUUUCCGACAUGGACUAAACCCUUACAGUGCACAUUUAGCCAACUUUCGACACUGGAUCGAUGGACCGUACCCAGGUUCACUGUCGAUGUCUAGGCUACAAAUGUCAAUGAACCCUGCAUUGAACCACUUACCCACCGGCUCCCAAGCUGCCACUACGUGUGUUGUCAGUAGCUCAGGAGUGCCAUUGUUUUCCUCAUCAAUACCCCUCGGUGCUGACAGAUUCCCCGGUACGACAGCCAAGGCGCCGACACCCGUCACAAUCUCAAGAAGUCCGGAGCCAGCCACCUCGGUAUCCUCGGCAGGAGAGUGUGGUUCACCGGGACAUUUAGAAAAUGAGACAUUGAGUAUGCCACUUACAACAGCGUUCAAACCGGUACACAAACGAUAAAAGAAAAUAAAAAUACCGAGAUGUGAAGAAUAACAGAAGCACUUCUGGCAAAGUUUACGCGCAACUUGUGCAGGCAGCAACAACCGACAAAGCCUCAUCAGCAGAGAAACAAUUGCCACAGGACCUAACUUUUCAGUUUCAUUAUUGACGCGAAAUGGUCGAAUAUAACUCACAGUGUACAAAAGGACAUUCCAACGCCACAACUACAUGUUCUAGCCCACUGUACCAAAGAGUAUAAAUAGAACAAAAGAGCAAAGUCCCGUUCGUAAAAACGUCACGCAUGUGUAGGACGCCCACUAACGUUAGUUGGCGUCCUACGCUCUGGCUGCGUAGGGCGUAUCGUUUUUUUACGCUCUCAAUGAGCGUUGUUGGCUCUCUUGUUUUAUUUAUACUCUUUGACUGUACCUACCAGAUUCGUAUCCAGCUCUCACCUAGCAACUUUUCUCAGCUUCGUUUAUAGACUUGGAAGUGUGGUUCUUUACUCAUCCAAUCUAGUAGCAGCAUUAUUCAAAGUACUAUAAUACAUCUACCUAGUUACCAGUUAGUACAGUGUUGAAUUUAGAUUUCACAAGCGCACACAGGAAAUUGAAUAUAUCAUAUUUUAAUGAAAUAAAUGAUAAAACAAUUUGUAUUUAGUUAAAGGUGGUAAUAAGAAUUGAAUUGCUGAUGAAAAUAUCAUACCAUAAAUCUUUAUUAAGUAAACUAUGGAGAAAUUUCAUUCGUGUCAUCAACUCAAUUCAUUACACUCGACUAUUAAAAAUUAAUUGUGCUGUUAAUUAAUUCUUUGCAAAACACCUGUUCUAAAGAAUGUCGUAGUUUGAACACUUAUAUAGGCCUAGGUAGUUUAGUACAUCUGUUAUUGAUCAUAGAACAAAUUAUUUGUACUUACUUUGACUCCCUUAUUUAACUAAUUGAGCCAUCGUUCCACUACUGGUUAGCGUAUGACCUUGCAGCAAAUAAUACAGUAACCCUUUGCUCCCUCUUAUUGUGCGCCCUCAACGACAGGAAGUUGUAAAUUCACAAGUCUUGUUUAUCGAUCUGUUGUACCUCCUUCAUAUACAUUAGUGUCAUGUUUAUAGCAAUGGUAUGCACUCAUGAAUGUUUAAUUAAAUACUUUCUUGAAGUAAUCGAGCAAAGAAUAUAUCAGGGUAGGAUCUCCGAACUUCGAUGAUCGAUGAAUGUUGAAACAGUUUUGUUGAGGGCGAUUUGUUGCGGUUACGACACCAGUAGAUUUCAUUGCUUUUGUAUGCCUGUGUAAUCUUGUGGUCGACGUGGUUAACUUUUUCUUUCAUUUAAAGCGACCAGUGGCGUAUCUAAGGAAAUAAGUUGAGGUGCAACUUCCUCUCCCAGAUAAAUAUUGAGCUCCCAACACCCAACUGAAAAGCUGCUAAACAAAAAAUACACACUCCAGUCAUUAGAGUCGACAUUUUGUCAACUUUUUUACCCAAGCAAUCCCGCUCACUUUCCUAGCAACCCCCACUUUAGCCCUAGAUACGCCACUUUAUACAAAUCAUGGAAUAAUGAUUCAUUGGUGGUUGCACCUUCAGACUCUUGUUCUUUUGUUACCGAGCCCACCUUCUGAUGAUAUAAAUAUAUUUCCCGAUGGGCCGGUGCAUUAGAUCAAUUGUAUUAUAUUCACUGACUUUACUCAAAAGAGGACCAAGUUUGGUGCUGAUCUAGUUCCUGUGGCGAUAUCCUCUGUGAUAUUAUAGAGGAUUUAUUGUUGAUUUAAGUGAUACCACUUACAGAGUUGGGCUGCAAGGCCCAUAUUUAAAUUAUGUAGUAAAUUAUGUCUUGUAUAAAUUUCUGCAACAGUAUUCGAUGUUUUAUUUUGAUUUAUCUUAUUGGUGAUAAAUAUGAUUUUAACAUGGAUAAAUAAAUAACGUCCCCUUCUUGUAAAUGGGAAAUGUGCAAAUGUAGGCUUACAUACAUCAUUCUUAAUGUUUAAAAAACGAUAUACAAAUUAUCGAGGUCAUUGAACGCGUGUGAACCGUGUCAGUGUUUCUCAAAAUGUGUAUUGUGGUAUAAACUUUUGAAUUUUUUCUUUAUUGAAAAUUGUAUAUAAUAGUGAAGAAUAAAGUAUUAUUACAUCCGA